GUCACGUACGGCUGCAAGCAACCGCCCGCCUUUCGCCAUACCGUCGCCUCUUGACCACCAGCAGCAUGGCUCCCGAGCAGUUUCGCACCCCGCCGCAGAGGCCGCCGGUCUUUACCGCCACGGCCGAGUCCAUCCUCGCCGAUGCCAAGAAGAGCGCCGAGCAGAGCAAGAAGGUGCUGGACAAUGUCGUUGCCAGCGUCGCUCCCGAGACGGCCACUUUCGAAAACACGCUCAAGCCCAUCCUCAUCGACGGCAACGAAUCCUCGGGCCCCCAGAACAUCCUGACCUUUUAUCAGCAUGUGUCGACCAACGACUCGCUCCGCGAAGCUUCCACCAAGGCCGAAGAGCUUCUGAACGACUUCUACAUCGAGGCGAAGAUGCGGGAGGAUGUCUUCAAGCUGGUCAACGCGGCGUAUGAGACGCGGGAGUCCCAGAACCUGGACAAGGAGUCGCUCCACAUCCUGGAGAAGGAACGCCAAAAGUACAUCCGCAACGGCUUGCUUCUUCCCCCAGGCGAAAAGAGAGACCGCUUCAAGGAGAUUCAGAAACGCCUCAGCCAGCUCUGCAUUCAGGGCAAGAAGAACCUCAACGAGGAAAAGGGCGGUGUCUGGUUUACUCCCCAGGAGCUCGAGGGAGUGCCCAAGGACGACAUUGACGUUGACACGCUCGAGAAGGGAACCGGCGAGAACGAAGGAAAGGUCAAAGUGACCUUUAAGUACAACCACUUCACCCCUCUGGUCAAGUAUGCUAUCCACGAAGAGACGAGACGUAGGUAUAUCAUUGCGGAUGCCAACAAGUCAAACAACAAUGUUGAGAUCUUCAAGGAGAUCAUGGUACUUCGAGAUGAAGCUGCUCGACUUUUGGGUUAUGAGAACCACGCCAGCGUUCGGAUUGAGGAGAAGAUGGCCAAGUCCCCCGCGCGUGUGAACGAGUUCUUGAGCGACCUGAGAACUCGUUUGGCCCCUGGCGGUGAGAAGGAAGUCAAGGCUCUCACGGAGUACAAGAAGCGAGACUACGAAGAGCGCGGCAUCCCCUUUGACGGCAACUUUUACAUGUGGGACACUUCUUACUACUCGCGAAUCAUGAAAGAGAAGGAGUACAACGUGGAUGAGGUUGCCAUCUCGCAGUAUUUCCCGGCAGAGCCAACGUUUGCUGGCAUGCUCAAGAUUUUUGAAGAAAUCUUUGGCUUCGUCUUCGUUGAGCUCGGCCCGGAGGAUCGAGCACGGCUGAGCCCAACCGGCAAGGCCGAAGAUAUCUCCUGGCACGAAGAUGUCAUCAUUUACAGUGUCUGGGAUGAACCAGCCAAGGGUGGAGAGUUCUGCGGCUACCUCUACCUCGAUCUCUUCCCCAGAGAUAACAAGUAUGGUCACUACGCAAACUUUGGCAUCGAGCCGGGCUUCCUCACCGUGGACGGAAAGAGGAGCUACCCAUCGACUUCGUUGGUGUGCAACUUUAGCAAGCCGACCGCGACCAAGCCGUCUCUGCUCAAGCACCACGAGGUCGUCACUUUCUUCCACGAGCUUGGGCAUGGUAUCCAUGACCUUGCCGGCCGAACUCGCUACAGCUAUACCCAUGGCACUGCGACGGUGGCUGACUUCGUCGAGGCUCCCUCUCAGAUGCUCGAAAACUGGUGCUGGACGCCGAGUGUUCUCAAGUCGCUGUCGAAGCACUGGGAGACGGGUGAGCAGAUUCCCGACGAGCUUGUGGACAAGCUGGUGAAGACCAAGCAUCUCAACUCGGCCAUUGGCGCGCUGGCUCAGCUCGUCAUCGGCACGUUUGACAUGACUGUCCAUUCGCCCAAGACGCACGAGGAGGCCGAGACGACCAACUAUGGCAAGCUUUGGAACCAGCUCCGCCACGAUAUUUCGGGCAUCAAGGGUCCGGAAGAUGCCGGCGAAACCAUUGAAUGGGGCAACCGAUAUGCCAACAUUGGCCACUUCCUUGGCGGCUAUGACGCCGGCUACUAUGGCUACCUCUACUCCGAGGUCUUCUCCCUUGACAUGUUCCACUCCUUCUUCAAGAAGAACCCCAUGGACGGCAAGGAAGGCCGCCGAUACCGCCACACGGUGCUGGAGCGUGGCGGCAGCAUUGAGGAGAUGGAGUUUUUGAAGGAAUUCCUGGGCAGAGAGCCCAGCACGGAGGCGUUUUACGAGGAACUGGGCAUUUCUGCAAAAUAAGCGUUG